AGAACAGAGUGGGGGGUGGUCUCAGAGGGCAGGGAAAGCUGAGGGGCAAGGAAAGGCAUCUCUAUAUCUGCCUAACUGACCACAUUCAGCUUACAGUUUAUCCUGGAACAGCAGAAGAGAUGAGAGAGUGAGGACGAGAGUGCUGAGAAAGCCGUGAAAAAUACUACACACUAAUACUAAUAAGCUAUUGAACAUUCAUCAAAAGCCUAAGGAACAGGAGGUGCCUACAAGAGACCAUCCAAGAGAAAAGGUGAAACAGAAAAGAGACUGGGACUCAAACACUGCCAGAAAGAAAAUCUACGGAACAUCAAAUGUGAUCAUUUUCAACAGCUUGUGCUAAAAUUCUAUUCGCUUUAAAGUUAAGGAGUCAGCAAAGAUUUAACUACUUCAAAAGAGAGAUCUGCUGCAAGCGCUGGAAGAGGACUACCAGGCUCCACGCCACACGGUCACCAUGAGUCUAAACGGCACUCUUGAAAAAGGAGCCCACCACCAAGUUCUGGAUCUAUCUGAGGAGCUUCCUCCCCACAACCAUCUUCACCAUCAUCAUCAGCAGCUGCAGCAGCAGUCCACAGCUAGGGCUGGGACGCCUGUCAGUGGGUCAGGGGUUGUGGUGCCUCCCCCAUAUUCCACAGCAGAGAUUGGAAGUGGUGAGGCCCCUUUAGAGCUGAGGGGGUCUCUGGACUGCUGGGCAUGUUCAGUGCUGGUUACGGCGCAGAAUCUGGUGAUAGCUGCCAUCAAUGCGUGCCUGGCCGGCCUGGUGUUCGGCCUGAUCCUAACACCCGCCACAGUCAUGGUGAUGUUUGGAUUUCUUUGCCACUCCACUGUGCGCCCACACGGAAAAAUCGCCUACUGCUCGGACCUGCUCAGCGAUGGGGGAUGUGUGGCGCUGUUAGUGGUGGGCUUCCUCCUCGUCACCCCACUCCUGGUCCUGGCACUGGCUGCGUACUGCAGACUGGCUCGUCACCUCCAGCUAGGCCUCUGCUUCAUCCCGUACAGUCGUGCCGUCUAUAAGAACCUGCCUGCCACACAGCACCGUGGUCUAGGAGGGGGCUGCUGUGGUCAGCGGGAAGGUAUAGAGGGUGGAAAAGGAAAAGUGUGGGUAUGAGAAAAAAGAGGUGGGUGGAAGAGGGUCACCCCAGUGGAGGGUCUCCUUAUGGUAAUACAUUUCUUUUAUUGUUCCAAUACAUUUUUGUUCUUGUAGUAAUGUACAGCGCAUUGCAAGACACAGAAUAACAAACUAUUAUUAGACAAUACACCAUUUAUAUUUUUUGCUAGUUUUUUUAUAUUUUUAUUAUAUUUAUCCAUGCUUUGAAUACUUAUAAAUAUUUACCUACAAUUCCUGUUUAAAAAGCUGUGCAGUCCAGGAUUUAGACCUAAUUACAGUCCGGGAAACCAGCUUUAAUUUGUAACAUACAGAUGAAAAGAUCUAUUUUGUUGUUUUAUUCUCACAUAAUCACAAUGAUUAGAAAUUUGCUUUGGUUCAGAAACUCCAAAAUCUCUAAAAUGCACCAAAAGUUUAAAGACUUUUCUCUCUAAAUAAGUACUGUCACCUAAAAGAACAAUAUAUUAUUCUAUAAGACCAAAGCUGGACUACUUAUACAUAUACUUAUGUUGUAUGCAUUUUAACCUCAUUUAAUUUACCCUAAAAAUGCUGAAAUGAGAAGUGUCUGGCUGCAGACCUCCAGUGUGAGGCUCACAGCAAUCUGGGACUCACCUCACGUGUGGGGACGGAGGUCUGCAGCCAGACCCUAUUGGGGGGUGAAAUAUUUUAAAAAUGUGUGCCUAUAUACAUGAUUGUAUUUGUAAAUGUACAUGAAAAUUGUCCAUGUUUAGAAUAUCAUGUUUAGAAUAUCAUGAACUUUGUCAUACUGUUUUAGAUACAAAUAAAAAAAUGAAUGUUUCUUUAAAUGUUUACAUAUGUUACGAUUAUUGUGUAUCAUUGUUAAUAUUGUAACACACAGGAAAACAAAUAAAACUUAAUAAAAUG